UCCCACGCGCUCAGAUGUUCCACAGGAGCUGUGCUGGACAAUGAGCCGGCGCUGCGCACCAUGGAGGACAGGAACAAUGUGGAGCACCUCUUCAGGGGUUCCUGUUCCUGUCUCACACUUUGCUCUCCCUGGAUCCGUGCAGAAUCCGCAGACAUUGGCCUUGAGCUGGUGGGCAGCCUACGACGGAGUUUGCUCUCCCGGUGUCUUCCGUUGCGCAAUGUGUACUAUUUAUUGCUCAUGUUUGAGUUUUUCCUGGUUUUUACUUUUGUAGCCGCAUGUAGAAACGGCGCCGCUGAGGCAUCAGCUGGUUGAGUCAGCUCUGUGAUCUUUUUUAAAUAUUUGUUUUCUUUAAUGUUAUUUGUGUGAACUCCUGCAACCACCUCGUUGUGAUUUCAAUGCAAUGUUUUUAGGAAUUGUUUGUCUCCCAAGUUUUGAAGUGAACUCGGGGCCGUUUUUAAAUAUCUGUGCACCACAGUAAAAAAAAAAAAAAAAAGUGACAACAACCACAUCCUCUUCAGCGACCACUGUGGUCCUGGUUUUCCUUCUUCUUUUUACCUCCGUUGGAUUUUGAAUUGUUUUUUUCGUUUUUCAUGGCAUUUGUGGCCCCAUUCCGCGUGGAUCCAUAAAAGAACCACGCAGAAUGUGCUUUAACCUUGACUGCGUGGAGAUGGAGUUCAGGGCGGUGGCCACCGGGUUGCCAGGUCCGCUAGCUCCGCCCUGCACGCCCGCCCCAUAGAAAAGUGAUGGUGGGCCGCUGGAGGAGGCGAGACAAGUGCAGAGCGGGGAUGUAAGCACCGUCGUACGGACCUACUCUCCCUCCCUGCCCGGGCUCGGCUGCAGCAGCAUCCUCGUCGAACAUUUUUCUUUUCUUGGACGAAGUCUUUCAAAAAACAACAGCAAUCCUUCCCCCUUUUUAUUCUUCUUUCUCCGGAGGGAAACCCCAUGUCUGCGACACUAGCGAUGAGCGACGUCGGACAUGAGGAGCCUUUCUUCCCGCUGCACAAGGCGUCCUUGGCCGCGGGCUUCCCCAUGGAGGACUCGGCGCUGCUGGGCUUGGUGUGCAAGAUGAGCGACUCGGACCGAAGCGACUACACGCAGGCCAAGUGCGAGAUGGACCGCUAUCUCUCCCCGCAGCCGCUUCCAGACGGCCAGAAGUCCCAAAGAGACGGCGCCGUGGGGAUGGAUCACUUCUUCGGCGAGGAGCAGGCCGGGGCGCCGUACACCCUCAACAUGAACCUUUACCUUCCCGACAUGACUUACCUGAGGGCGGGCUUGGCUCCGCCCCACGAGAACCUCCAAGUCCAAGUCAAGAUGGAAGCGGCGGCGCCGCCGUGCUUCUCUCAGAGCCUCCCGCCCACAAGUAGCUGCGGCGCCGCCGGCCAUGUCGGCGUCGCCAUGGAGACCUCCGCCGUAAACAUGGCGGGGUUGCCAGACUUCACCAGCGCUUUCCACCAGCAGGGCGGCGACACCCUGGUGCCGGAGGUCUUCAUUAAACAGGAAAUGUCGCCGGCCGGGUACGAGCAGCACGACGGCGGCGCCUCGCUCUUCCAGCUCCUGAUCUCCGGCUUGGAGCAUCACCACGGCGACAACAUGGAGGCCCACAUGCAGCACACCUUCCGCACAUCCCAGCAAGACCAAAGCGCCAAGUCUUCCUUCUGCGGCGGCGGACCCUCUUACUCGCGCCCCCACGCCCACUUCUUCCAGCAGCAGCAGGCGCCCUACCUGCCGCCCUCGCCGCCCAGCUCCGAACCAGGCAGCCCCGACAGGCAGAAGGAGCUGCUCCACACCAUGUCGCCGCCUCCUUCCUAUGCGGCCACCAUCGCCUCCAAGAUGGCGGGCAGCACCCCGGGACUGGCCGCCGCCGCCACCGCCCACCCGUCGGGGCAAGCUGCCGCGCCGAACCCCCACGUCCCCGCCGCCACGCAGGUCUUGACCCCGGUGCGCUACAACCGCAGGAACAACCCAGACUUGGAGAAGCGGCGGAUCCACCACUGUGAUUACCCAGGCUGCAAGAAGGUCUACACCAAGUCCUCUCACCUGAAAGCCCACCUCAGGACCCACACGGGUGAGAAGCCGUACAGGUGCACGUGGGACAGCUGCGACUGGCGCUUCGCCCGCUCCGACGAGCUGACUCGCCACUACCGCAAACACACGGGCGCCAAACCCUUCCAGUGCGCCGUGUGCUCGCGCUCCUUCUCCCGCUCGGACCACCUGGCCCUGCACAUGAAGAGGCACCAGAACUAGCACGUCACAAGCUCCCCACAUUUUUCUGGUUUUCAUUAUUCGCAGCUCCUCCUGGUGGUGCUGGCCGGUACUUUCCUGGCUUUUUGUUUCCAUCGGCAGCGCUUCCAAGUGGUGCUCUUCAUACUUUUCCUGGUUUUUGUUUUUGUUUUGACCAUUUCCGCAGCUCCACCUGGUGGUGCUGCCCGCUACUAUAGGUGCGGUGGGAACAAAGACGGUAAAGUAAUAUUCUCCACACGGACUGGCUUUUUACACACGGAAGAAGAAGAAAGAGGUGUGCAGUUCUGGUGUGGCUGGAAUGAAAGCACUUAACUCUCACUUGAAACUUUUUCCUUCAUUCGCAAACCAAACGUUUGUUUUCACGCCAGGUUUUGUUACUUCCUACUACCAAACGGUUUGCACUAGAAAUGAGUCGAAUGGUUCAUUGAUGUGGAGGCACAGAAGGAAGGAAAAGGGCGGACAUAUGGAAGGAUUUUUUCUUUUUUAUUUCAGCCAGAGAACA